AGGACCCCAGCUGGAAGGAGAUACUGCCCAGGAAGGGCGAGAACAGUUUUGCACAGUUUUUUGAGUAAAACAUCUCACCUGAAUCAAAUCUGUCAGCUCCUCACCGUGGAUUUUCCAGGGACUCUAUGAACACAGAGUGAAAGAUCAGUGAAAGAAAUCAGACUCUACAAGGUCAAAGAUGAGCUCAGAUCCAGAAGUCCUCCUGGGAAUUCUGGAUCAGUUGUUAGAAGAUGACUUUAAAAGGUUCAAGUUCCAUUUGAGCAAUAUCGGGGUCUUUGAAGGAUGCAGAGCAAUCCCAGCAGGACAACUGGAGACACUGGACAAGCCGGACACAGCGAGACGGAUCCACCAGACCUACAGCAAUCAUGCUCCUGAACUCAUGAAACUAGUUUUAGAGAAAAUAGGAAAGAAGCAUAUAUGGGAUGAACACACCAAAAAGGCCCCACAACCUGAAGAAAAAACAAAUAAAGGAGAAAACGAUACUGAAGAGGCUCAUUUGUCAGCAAAAUCUCAGGAGUGUCAGAAAGAACUGAAGUCCAACCUGAAGAGGAGGUUCCAGUGUGUGUUUGAGGGAGUGGCGAUACAAGGAAAGCCGACCCUCCUGAACCAGAUCUACACAGAGCUCCACAUCACAGAGGGAGGGGCUGCAGAGGUCAAUCAGGAACAUGAGGUCAGACAGAUUGAAGCAGCAUCCAGGACAGCAGACAGAGCAGAAACAAGCAUCAGACCAGGAGACAUCUUUAAAGCCUCACCUGGAAGAUCUCAACCAAUCAGAACAGUGCUGACAAAGGGAGUGGCUGGCAUUGGGAAAACAGUCCUGACACAGAAGUUCACUCUGGACUGGGCUGAAGACAAAGACAACCAGGACGUCCACUUCAUAUUUCCAUUCACCUUCAGAGAGCUGAAUGUAGUGAAGGAGGAGAAGUUCAGCUUGGUGGGACUUGUUCAUCACUUCUUCAAUGAAACAGAAGAAACAGGAAUCUGCCGAUUUAAGAAAUUCCAGGUGAUCUUCAUCUUUGAUGGUCUGGAUGAGUGUCGACUACCUCUGGACUUCCACAACACUAAGUUCAUGACUGACAUUAGAAAGUCCACCUCAGUGGAUGUUCUGCUGACAAGCCUCAUCAGGGGGAAACUGCUUCCCUCUGCUCGCCUCUGGAUCACCACACGACCUGCAGCAGCCAAUCAGAUCCCUGCUGACUGUGUGGACAGGGUGACAGAGGUCCGAGGGUUCACUGAACCCCAGAAGGAGGAGUACUUCAGGAGGAGGUUCACAGAGGAGGAGCAGGCCAGCAGGAUCAUCUCCCACAUCAAGACCUCCCGAAGCCUCCACAUCAUGUGCCACAUCCCGGUCUUCUGCUGGAUCACUGCUGAAGUUCUGGAGGAGGAGCUGAAGAGCAGAGAGGGAGGAGAGCUGCCCAAGAACCUGACUGAGGUGUACACCCGCCACCUGGUGGCCCAGGUCGAAAGGAACAAGGUCAAGCAUGAUGGAGGAGCUGCCACAGAUCCACACUGGAGUCCAGAGAGCAGGGAGAUGAUAGAGUCUCUGGGAAAAGUGGCUUUUGAUCAGCUGCAGAAAGGAAACCUGAUCUUCUGUGAACCUGACCUGAAAAAGUCUGGCAUUGACCACGAGGUAGCCUUAAAGUACUCAGGAAUGUUCACAAAGAUCUUUAGAGAGGAGAAAGGCCUCCGGGACACAGUGUUCUGCUUCAUCCAUCUGAGCCUUCAGGAGUUUCUGGCUGCUCUUCAUGUCCAUCAGAACUUCAUCAACUAUGGAAUCAACCAGAUGAAAAAGAUAGUGGUCAGGUUGCCAAAAGUGUUUAAGAAACCUAAACUCCACCAUCUCCAUCAGAGAGCAGUGGACGAGGCCUUGAAGAGUCCAAAUGGACACCUGGACUUGUUCCUCCGCUUCCUCCUGGGUCUUUCACUGGAGACCAAUCAGAAUCUCCUUCAAGAUCUGCUGACACAGACAGGAAGUAGCUCACAGUCCAAUCGGAAAACAGUCCAGUACAUCAAGAAGAAGCUGAGUGAGAGUCUGUCUGCAGAGAGAAGCAUCAAUCUGUUCCACUGUCUGAAUGAACUGAAUGAUGGUUCUCUGGUGGAGGAGAUCCAACAGUCCCUGAGAUCAGGAAGUCUCUCCACAGAUAGACUGUCUCCUGCUGAGUGGUCAGCUCUGGUCUUCAUCUUACUGUCAUCAGAAGAAGAUCUGAAGGAGUUUGACCUGAAGAAAUACUCUGCUUCAGAGGAGACUCUUCUGAAGCUGCUGCCAGUGGUCAAAGCCUCCAACAAAGCUCUGUUGAGCUGCUGUGGUCUGUCAGAGAGAAGCUGUGGAGCUCUGUCCUCAGUUCUCAGCUCUCAGUCCUCCAGUCUGACACAUCUGGACCUGAGUAACAACGAGCUGCAGGAUUCAGGAGUGAAGCGUCUGUCUCUUGGACUGGAGAGUCCUCACUGUAAACUGGAAGCUCUCAGGUUGAGCGGCUGUGGUCUGUCAGAGAGAAGCUGUGGAGCUCUGUCCUCAGUUCUCAGCUCUCAGUCCUCCAGUCUGACACAUCUGGACCUGAGUAACAACGACCUGCAGGAUUCAGGAGUGAAGCGUCUGUCUCUUGGACUGGAGAGUCCUCACUGUAAACUGGAAGCUCUCAGUCUGUCAGGGUGUCUGGUCUCAGAGGAAGGCUGUGCUUCUCUGGUCUCAGCUGUGAGAUCCAAGUCCUCCCAUCUGAGAGAGCUGGACCUGAGCUACAACCAUCCAGGAGACUCAGGAGUGAAGGAGCUGUCAGCGGCAAUGGAGGAUCCACACUGCUCACUGGAGACUCUCAGAGAAAACCCAAGAAUGAGCAACAGUGACUCUGGAAAGGAAAAUCUCCCUUUUAAAAGGAAAAAAAAAUAUGAUCAGAACCACUCUUGGUAACUUUGUGCUGUCCCGGUCAGGGUGUCCAGGUCCCUCGUCCUCUUCUGUGUCCUCGUCCAUCCCUGUGUGCUUUGUCAAUCCCACCUGUGUGUGUGUGUGUCUGCCUAACCUCAUGUUUCAGUCUUUCAAUGGUCUCAUCUAUCUAUGGUGUUCUGUCUCUGUCCCUCACCCCAGUCUGUUUAGUGUUGUCUCUGUCUUUGUUCUGUCCUGCUCCGUCUCAGCUUCCUGCUGUUCAUCACCGUUCAAUGUUUUAUGCAACUGACAGACAUUAGUGUUUGUUUAGUCUCUUUUUUAUUCUUUCCUCUCUUGUGUUUUCAAACAUAUUUCAGCUGAAGAAAGGCUCAAGCUGAUGACAACUGACCAAAGACAGUGCUGACUAAAGGUCUCUCUCUCUCUCUCUCUCUCUCUUCCUGCAGGGUGGACCAUGGUGGACAGCAGAGGCUCAAACCUGGUGGUGUGAGGAAGUAUUUCUCUCAACUUCAACUG